AUGAAGAAGGUGAAGAAAAUGGAGGAAAACAAGAGCAGCAGCCAAGUCACUUUCUCAGGACUACUAUGGUCAGCCUGUGGAGGAGAGAGACUUAUUGUCUUCACAACUAACUAUGUGGAAGAUCUUGAUCCUGCUCUAAUUCGACGAGGGAUGAUGGAUAAGCACAUUGAGCUAUCUUAUUGCGGAUUCCAAGCAUUUAAGGAAGUAGCAAAGAUUUAUUUAAAUAUCAACUCGCAUGAUUCGUUUGAUAAAGUUGGGAAUUUGCUUGAAGAAACCAAGAUGACCCCAGCUGAUGUUGCUGAAAAUUUGAUUCCCAAGUCUACUGAAGAGGGUGCUGAUUUUUGUGUGGAGAGACUGAUUAAGGCCCUUGAGCAAGCCAAGGUAGAUGCGAGGUUGAAGGCGGAGAAGAAAGAAAGUUUGAAAGCUGAGAAAGAAGAGAGAAAGAAACAGAAGCAGAUGCAAAACAAUACAGAUUCUGAAGUGAAAAGCACAGAAACCGUGACGGCCGACAAGGUGAAAGAAAACAAUGAUUCUGAGGUAAAAUGCGCAGAGAAACCGUGGCUAACGAGGUGA